AUGUCCUCCAAAACAGAGAGAGCUUGCAUGCUCUGUGGCAUAAUCCAGCCCUACAGGCGAUUCCUUGAAACUGGAUGCCCCAACUGUGAGUCUGUUUUGCACUACGCUGACAACGAGGACGGCCAGAUCCAGGAUUGCACGUCCCCAGCUUUCGAAGGCUUGGUCGCUUUGGGUGACGACAACAAGGUCUCGUGGGUGGCUCGUUGGCUUCGUAUUGACUCCUUUGUUGCUGGUCUUUACGCUGUGAAGGUUAACGGUAAGUUACCUCCACAUAUCAUCAGUGACUUGGAGGAUCAGAAUAUUAGUUAUAGACCCAGAGACGGCAGUGCCGAGGACUAG